UUAUUAAUUUUAAUAGUUAACCUGUGUUCAACGUUAAUUGUGAAUUUGUGUUAAGCGUUUACAAGACUAGUGUUUUUGACUAUUCACUUUGUAUUAUUUUUAUAAUUUUUCAAGUACUUAAAUGCACUUUUAGAUUGUUUUGUUUUUAGUAGAAUUAUAUUAAAAUUAUGGCUGUUCCGAAUGAGUUAAGUUUGGAAUCAGUCCGUGAUUUCAUGAUUAUGAACGAUGGAAAAGUUACUAAUCAUGAUCUAGUGACUCAUUUUAAAUAUUUUCUAACAAAUCCACAAAACAGAGCUGAAGCAAGGCAUAAGUUUAAAGAAAUUGUAAAUACUGUGGCUACCGUUAUUUGUGGAGAAGAUGGAGAAAAGUAUUUAAUGCUUAAACGUCGCUUUCGAGUGGCUGGUUGUAUUGGUUUAUCAUUAGAACCAUCUAUGAGCACAGCUUCUUCUUUAACUUCAUUAACUUCUUAUCCUGGAUUAUCUUCUGUGCAUCAUUCAUUAUCACAAGAUUCUCUUAUUGACCCUCCUAGAUUUCAACAAAGAUCACCAAUGGUAUCACCAUCGACUAGACAACCCCCACCUUAUCGUCCACCACCUUCUCCAAUUGCAUCGCCUAAAGAAUGUUCACCAACUAAAGAGGCAGCACCGCCUGUUCCUCCUAGGCGUAGAAGUUCUGAAAAAAUUAAAUUGAUUGAAUUGAGUGACAAUGUUAUAGUAAAUUCUAAGGAUAAUUAUAAAGAAAAUGAUCAACCUCAGCAGCCUCAGAUAAGUGUAAAAGAUCGAACACAAAAAUUCAACCGGAUAGCAUCUGAAAAUGCCUUACAUUUAGCUAGUCAAAUACCGUCGCCAAAUAAGAAGAAAAUAGAAAAGAACGAUAAAGACGAAGAAGACACUAUUUCUAUGACAUCGUUGGACCCCAAGACUAAAGAAUGGGUUGUCAAAUCAGCAAAAUGUGACUAUCAAGCUUUGGCAAAACUGGCUUCUGAAAAUUCUGGAAUUGCAAAGUUCAAGGACCCUAUCACUAGCACGGCGUUACACUGGGCUGCAAAACACGGCAACAUGGACCUGGUUAAAAUGUUGGCGGGCACAUAUAGCGUCAACGUCAACGCUAAAACGAAUGGAGGUUACACGCCGUGUCACUUGGCCCUACAGUUCGGACACGAAGAGAUCUACAAGAUACUGAUCGAAUCGUACGGAGCCGACCCGAACGUGCGGGACUACAGCGGACGCAAACCCAGACAGUACCAGACGAACCAAGACACGAGCCUGUCGGCGGACACAUAUCGCAAACUAAACGCCCGAAAACACAAACACACGGAAAAGGAUCUAAGAUUCCUGCGGAUCGGGUCCCUGAACGUACGCGUUAAACGGACCACGGAGGCGUUCAGCAACUUCCUGGGCGUCGGACACAACGCAGAGAAGAUUCACAAGACUUGGGGUUCUGCCGACAACAUACAACAGAACGACGCCAAGAGAAUGCCCCCUCCGAAAAGCGUUACGAUUAAGAAGAGGAAGUCCAAACGGCCGCAAGACUUUUUGAGGAGGGCCUCGGCUCCGGCCGACCGGUCCCCAGACAAGAGGAAAUCCGCUGAAAUCGUCGUCACCGGCGACUCGGACUCGGACACGGCUUGCGGAUUCGGCACGAAUUGGCAACCGUCUUGACCGACGAGUCGUGUAGGAGGAUAUCACUGGCGUGUACACCCCGUGACGGUCGUAGCUUCGCUGUUUGUAUUUUUCCAGACGCUUUUCUGCAAUAUUAUUAUAAUUCUCUGCAGCCAAACGUUCUCGCUCGACGAUUGCAUCGACAACAGCGACCGCCGUCUCGUCGGCACCAUUAUAAAUUAAUUAUCGCGAUCAAUGUCGCACUACAAGUAUUAUUAGCAAUAAGUAACGAUCGUCCGUGUACUGUAGAUAACAUUAUUAUUACUGUUGAUUUUUAUGUCGUCGGUCAGAGGACGUUUUAUUUUUAUUUUUUAAGUUUAUUUUAAUUUUAUUUUUUGUGCGCCAACGCUUUUUAUCAUUUUGUUUUUUUGUUUUACUAUACUAUAUUGUGUACAACUGACGUAUAACUCGUCUGUAUAAUAAUUAAUAUAUACCUAUAUUGUGACUUAAUCAGCCGAAUCGAAUACAGUAUUGCGUAUUCAGUUCGGCGGACACUUUUAUGUUUUUUGAACCACUAUUACUUUACCGAUAUCAUUAUCGUGACCAUAAAUGUGUUUGAUUUUACAUGCCGUUUAAUGUUUAUUAUAAUAUUGGUGUUGAAUUGUACUUAUAUAAUAUUAAAUCUUUAUUUUUUAUUUUAUUUUA